AUGAUUCUGCUGCUCCUGGGUGUCUCAGGGAUCUUGCUGCUUCUGGGGCUAUGGGGGCUGCUCCGGGGCUAUGCCCGGCAUUGCACCCUGGCCCCUCGGUGGCCCCCUGGGCCUCGCCCUCUGCCGUUUCUGGGGAACCUGCAUUUGCUGGGUGUGACCCAACAAGACCGGGCACUGAUGGAGCUCUCCGAACGCUAUGGGCCAGUGUUCACAGUCCACCUGGGAUCUCAGAAGACUGUGGUGUUGUCAGGCUACGAGUUGGUGAGGGAGGCCCUGGUUGGGACCAGGCAUGAACUGGCCGACAGGCCCCCAAUCCCCAUCUUCCAGCUCAUCCAGCAAGGCGGGGGCAUCUUCUUUUCCUCUGGAGCCCACUGGAGGGCGGCUCGUCAGUUCACGGUGCGGACACUGCACAGCCUGGGGGUGGGACAGUCCCCCAUGGUGGGCAAGGUGCUGCAGGAGCUGACCUGUCUUAAGAAACAGCUGGACAGCUAUGGAGGCCAGCCCUUCCCCUUGGCCCUGCUGGGCUGGGCACCCUGCAACAUCACCUUUGGACUCGUCUUCGGCCAGCGCUUUGACUACCAGGACCCUGUGUUUGUAUCCCUGCUGAGUCUCAUUGACCAGGUCAUGGUCCUGUUGGGGUCACCUGGCAUACAGCUAUUCAACACCUUCCCUCGGCUGGGGGCUCUGCUGAGGUUGCACAAGCCAGUCUUGAGCAAGAUCGAGGAGGUGCGCACCAUCCUGAGAACCCUGCUGAAGGCACAGAGACCACCCUUGCCAAGUGGCGGCCCCAUGCGGAGUUACAUGGAGGCUCUGCUCCAGCAGGGCCAGGAGGAUGACCCUGAGGACAUGUUUGGCGAGGCCAAUGUCCUGGCCUGCACACUGGACAUGGUCAUGGCUGGAACAGAGACCACAGCAGCCACACUGCAGUGGGCAGUCUUCCUAAUGGUUAAACACCCACAUGUGCAGGGCCGCGUGCAGGAGGAACUGGACCAAGUGCUGGGCCCUGGGCAGCUACCCCGGCCAGAGGACCAGCGAGCGCUGCCCUACACCAGUGCGGUGCUGCAUGAGACCCAGCGGUACAUCACACUCCUGCCCCAUGUGCCCCGCUGCACAACUGCCGAUAUUCAUCUGGGGGGCUACCUGCUUCCCAAGGGCACCCCUGUGAUUCCGCUGCUGACCUCAGUGCUCCUGGACAAGACGCAAUGGGAGACCCCAAGCCAGUUCAACCCACACCACUUCCUGGAUGCCGACGGGCGGUUCGUGAAGCGGGGUGCCUUCUUGCCUUUCUCCACUGGCCGCCGGGUCUGCGUUGGAAAAAGCCUGGCCAUGACGGAGCUCUUCCUGCUGUUUGCCGGCCUCCUCCAGCGGUACCAUCUGCUGCCCCCACCCGGCCUCAGCCCCGCAGACCUGGAUCUGCGGCCUGCCCCAGCCUUUACCAUGCGGCCACCUGCCCAGACCUUGUGUGCAGUGCCUAGAUCCUAGGGUGCUUGCACACUGUCAGAGCCUCACUGCCUCUCCCUCGGGGCGCACUGCAGGCUAUGGUGUGGUUGAAGCGCCCCUAGCAAUGAAUGACAGGCAGACGGUGCCUAUUUUGUCCCUCUGAACCACAAGAUGAGUACCACAGCUUUUAUGCCACAGUGUACAGUAGGGCCAAGCUGCCCAAGUUUGUCCACUGGAGGUUGGAAGCUGGCCUUUCAUCUGGGCAUGGGGGAGUAUAUAUGUGUCCUGCUUAGCCUAGCAGCUCUACCUUGGCCUGAUAUGAUGUUCCUAGAAACCUAUCUUCCAGGCUCCUUCAUUCCGAACACUACAGAUUGUUCUCUACUCUGGUUCCCAAGGCAGUCAAAUCCCCAGAGCAUGGACUAGGCCUCAGUUCUCCAUUGUUCUCCGUCACCAGAGCCUACCAUUGGUUAUACCAGCUCCGCACCCGGCCACGGGGGGUCCCCAAACUCAGAUACCUGGCCUAUAGCCCUUCCACAGUUCCCAGUGCACCCUCCUAUCUCUCUAACUAGGCAGAAUCUGCCAGUCACAGUUCGGGGUGCUCCACCUGUGACCAAAACCAAGGGAAUCCCAGAGCUUGACCACAGGUGACAUUUCUGUCCCCUUCUCCUGUGAAGACUGACACGCUGUGGUGACCUGGGGCAAGAACACUUGGCAGGAAGAGCAUCUCCCAGCUGAUUUCCUGGGAACCUCUCUCCCAGGUUCCUAAAGCCAGGUCUCACUGACAGUGAGCAACUCACCACGUUUCCCUUUGACCUGGCUACCAGGAGACCCAGCGCUAUGGCUCUUGAGCCUCCUGGCUACUCCCUUCUUUGUGCUGUUGUUUGUAUUCUCUGUUUCUGUGUGCCCACUCAAGGCUUUGGAAUGUGCAGGCUGAUAACCCUGCUGCGCAUGUCUGUUGUGACAACAUGCCAGCUCCAGAAGUGCCUUCUUCAGCAGCAUCCCCGUAGCCCGAGACAGCGGCAGACAGUGCAAGGCU